GAUUGAGGAGGGGGAGGGAUAGAAGAAAUAUAGAGGAAAGGGGCAGAGAGAUUACAAGUCACUUAGGAAAUGGAAUAGUGUAGAUAAGGUAGACAGUCAAGGUGGAAGAGAGGAGAACCAGCUAUGCCAAGGGCUAGGAUAUGACUCCCAACCAAAAGUGGGGACUGGGUCCAAGAACACUGCCAUGUUGUCAGUAACCACAAGGGAGGAUCUUUUGCAACAUCGGAAAAGAAGCAGCCAGAUCAGUAAAGGAAGUUGCUGGCCACAAGGAGGUAGAGAUGGCCGUGCUCAACUCAGUCUUCCCCUGGAGAAUGUCUGAGCAUGUGUUUUUAUUUACCCUGAUUCUCUCUGGACUGCUGAGUGCCCCAGUGUCCCUAGUCAGGGCAUCCUCGACUUCCUGACGGCCCUGCUGGUCUCACUUCCUGAACAGAAUCUGGCUAUGGCUCGGAUCCUCCUUCUUUUGCUGUCGGCGGCAUGUCUGCACACUGGGAAUUCAGCAGGAUAUCCAAAAAAGUAUGACUAUGGUGUCGACCAACCAGCUGUCCUCUCUGGAGUCCAGAGCGGCUCCAUCGAGAUCCCCUUCUCUUUCUACUUCCCCUGGGAGUUGGCCAAGGAUCCGCAGAUGAGAAUAGCCUGGAGAUGGAAGGUCUUCCAUGGGGAAUUCAUCUACAACUCCACCCAGCCUUUCAUUCAUGAGCAUUUUAAGGGCCGGCUCAUCAUGAAUUGGACACAGGGUCAGACAUCUGGAGUCCUCAGAAUCCUGAACCUGAAGGAGAAUGACCAGGCCACAUACUUCAGCCGAGUUUUUCUCAGAACAACAGAAGGCAUGAAGUCGUGGCAGUCAAUCCCUGGCACCCAACUCAUCAUUCAUGCUCUCAUUACUACCCCGGGGAGCCCCUCCAUCAUCCCCUCUGCAGUCCCCACAACUGGCCUGGAGGACACAAGGGGCCAGAGGACUCCUUCACUGCUGAACUUGGGAGCCAUGGUUGGGAUGGUCGUGUCCAAAGUUGUGGUCAUCAUCCCCCUCUAUGGAUGGGUGAUCUUCCUGUGGUGGAAACAAAGGACACAAUUCAGAAGAGAUCUUGUGAGUGAACACCCCUGGAAAAACUUUGUUCCUAUCCUUCCAGCAGAGAGCUCAUCUUUCCUGUAGACCUUAAGGUCAGAAGAAGAACCAGUCCAGCAAAUGAAAGUCUCACUCCAAGAAAUCCUUCUCAGUAUUUGUCUUGACCCUUUUCUCCCAUGUGUGACCUCUAAGAGAGUGGCGGACUCUGUCUAGGAUACAAGUCAGUGGGACAGGGGCAAGGACCAGGGUCCAUAUUGAGAAUAACAGCCUGAGAAUUAGGGUUCCCCUCUCCCUUAUUCCCUGCACACUGCCAUCUCAUCUAGAAACUUGACCCCCCUCCCUCCAUGCUUUACAUUCAGUGACAGACAACAUGUCAUGUUUAAUGCCCAUGUUGGGCUUUUCCUGAAAGGUCCAAGUAUACACACUAAUUUUCUCAUUUCCUGCCAUGUUGAUAUUCUGGACUCUGGGUUCUCUUCUAGGAUAGUUCCUUUUUGCCAUGUUCAGUCUGUCUUAACUUUUGAUAGUCAGCAGACCUGCUCCUAACAGAACACAGAAACUUUCCAUUCCGACCCAUGCUUGAUAGAGUUCCUUCAAGCACAGUGUGUCAUAGCUGCAGUGUGGUACCAAUGUGUAGAGGGCCGCAAUAACAUUCGCCACCGCUAGAUGGCGCUGGCUUCCACUGUGCCCCAUGUGGAAGGUCAGGAUAGCCUCCGCCAUUACAAGAUGGCGCCAGCCUUCGCCGCGCCAGCCGACUCCCUUUCAGGAAGUUAACUGUGCGCAUGUGCAAGAGUGCCUUCAUGCCAGGUCUUUGCCCACUCUGGGGCGUGCCUGAUGAGAUCAUGGGUAAACAACCAAUCAGGUGUGGAUGUGCCACGCUAGGGUGUAUAUAAGCACACCAUGUUGGCGCGCCAAGGCUUCCUCUUUAAGAUCAUAAUAAAGUUUGGUCACAGUAAGGAUUUCUAUGUACCCGCGUGUUUCUUGCCGGCGAGAAGUCACGCGUGGGACAUUUGGUGCCAAGAACCCGGGACACAAAAAAGCUACAUCAUCACCGGUGCCAAGAGGAGGCUCCCUUUCAUGGAAGAAGUCCAGAAGCUGUGAGUGGGGGUAAGACUCUGAGAGACCAUGUUUAGCCUUGAUC